AUGGCUAUCAAGAAGAUCCACGCCCGUAUGGUCUACGACUCUCGUGGCAACCCUACCGUAGAGGUUGAUGUUGUCACUGAGACUGGUCUUCACCGCGCCAUCGUUCCCUCUGGAGCUUCCACCGGUCAGCACGAAGCUUGCGAGCUCCGUGACGGUGAUAAGACCAAGUGGGGAGGUAAGGGUGUUACCAAGGCCGUCGAGAAUGUCAACACGGUCAUCUCCCCCGCACUCAUCAAGGAGAAUCUUGAUGUGAAGGACCAGAGCGCAGUCGACAAGUUCCUCAACGGUCUAGAUGGAACACCAAACAAGACAAAGCUUGGUGCCAAUGCUAUUCUAGGUGUCAGUCUUGCCAUUGCUAAGGCUGGUGCUGCCGAGAAAGGUGUUCCUCUAUACGCCCACGUUUCGGAUCUUGCUGGCACCAAGAAGCCCUACGUCCUACCCGUCCCCUUCAUGAACGUCCUGAACGGUGGCUCCCACGCCGGUGGCCGUCUUGCUUUCCAGGAAUUCAUGAUUGUUCCCUCUGCCGCUCCGUCUUUCUCCGAGGCUAUGCGUCAGGGCUCUGAAGUUUACCAGAAGCUCAAGACUCUUGCCAAGAAGAAGUACGGCCAGUCUGCAGGCAAUGUUGGCGACGAGGGUGGUGUUGCUCCUGAUAUCCAGACCGCUGCUGAGGCUCUUGAUCUCAUCACUGAUGCCAUCGAGCAAGCCGGUUACACAGGCAAGAUGAACAUUGCCAUGGAUGUAGCGUCCAGCGAGUUCUACAAGGAGGACGUCAAGAAGUACGAUCUCGACUUCAAGAACCCUGAGAGUGACCCAACCAAGUGGAUCACCUACGAGGAGCUGGCUGCCUUGUACGGGGACCUCGCCAAGAAGUACCCCAUCGUCAGUAUUGAGGACCCCUUCGCUGAGGAUGACUGGGAGGCCUGGAGCUACUUCUACAAGACCCAAGACAUUCAAAUCGUGGGUGACGACCUAACGGUCACCAACCCUAUCCGUAUUAAGAAGGCCAUCGAGCUUAAGGCUGCCAACUCUCUACUCCUCAAGGUUAACCAGAUUGGUACUCUUACCGAGUCUAUCCAGGCUGCCAAGGACUCCUAUGCCGAUGGAUGGGGUGUCAUGGUCUCCCACAGAUCUGGUGAGACCGAGGAUGUCACCAUUGCUGACAUUGUUGUUGGUAUCCGAGCGGGCCAGAUCAAGACUGGCGCCCCCGCUCGUUCUGAGCGUCUCGCCAAGCUAAACCAGAUCCUCCGUAUCGAGGAAGAACUCGGAAGCAACGCUAUCUAUGCUGGCGAUAACUUCCGCAAGGCUGUCAACCUAUAGAUGGGGUGGAAAAUGAAAAUUUGUACGCGCUUGAUAAACUAAACUUAUGA